UUUAAGUGAUCAGACAGACUACUAUAUUAUUAUAAUAACAUGAACUGAUGAAGAUAAUUUUAACAUACAUGUAAAUCUAUUAUGAUAAUGUUUUUGUAAGACGCGUAAGAUUUUAAUGUUCAACAUGUCAGUAUUCGGUAUAUUUUUAUAGUAAAUUUUAUAGUAGAAUGAUUGAAACACAUAAAAUUGAGAUAAAAGUCAUACUAUCUUAAAAUGCUACGAAGGAUAUUUGUUUUUCUUAUUUGUGUCAUUUUUGAGAUCUUGUUACAAGGGAGAAAAUCUACCAGUAUUUUGAUACUAGCAUGCACCACAUUUGAGAAAAUGAUUUCUUUCGAAUCAUUUGAAUAUAGCGAGAAAGUUCAUCAGAAACAACAAAUCAGCAAUUCUUUAGAACGGGAUAGAAAACAACCAUUUUUAAUCCUGAAUAUUCUCAUAAUUGUUGCUGUUUGUGUGGCUGUCGUAUCAGUACAAACAUCUGGGAAGUACUGGCUCGCAGAAUUCAACAUAAAAGACGACCUAUACAUGUCAUGGAGCAGAGACAGAAGUAUAUCAAAGUUACCUUUAUUUAGAGAGUUCGCCAGCAUACCGGUACAGAAAUGCUGGGCUUUACCUUUUUCACUUGGACAAUACCUUAACAAAUCUAAAAAAGGCAAUAAAGUGGAAUUCAUGAAUUAUGAAUGGGGAAGAUAUGAAUCAUUUAAAGACUUUCCUUUGGAUUCACCAGCAAGACCGAUGCGUCUGGCUUCUAAUGGAUUCUACUAUACGGGCACUAAGGAUACUGUCGAAUGUUUUUCAUGCAAAUUGAAAUACAGUGACUGGAAAGAAGGCGAUGAACCAGAUGCCCUUCAUAAAUUUUUGUCUCCGGACUGCAACUUUAUAAAAGGUUUCGACUCUACAAAUGUUCCAAUACAUUCAACAUCCGAAUCAAUAUCGAAUGGCUCUGAAUACUCUACGGAAGGAGCUGUGGGCGGUGCAAGUUAUACAAUAGAAAGUCACGAGAAAAGUUCCAGUUCUAAUUUUCAAGUUCAACAUCAGCCGAGACAAUCACAUGUAAUUAAUGAUGCAAUGUCUUCACGACACAUUAAGCACAAAUUUCCGGAUUAUGAAAAUAGUCAACACAGAAUGGAUUCAUUUAGUAAUUGGCCUUGUGCCGAUGUGAUAGCUUCAAGGGUUCUAGUUGAAGCGGGAUUCUUUUAUGCUGGUUUCAGUGACUGCGUAAGAUGUUUUUCCUGUGGAGGAGGAUUACGUAACUGGGAGUAUGGUGAUGGUCCAUGGGAAGAACAUGCAAGAUGGUUUCACGAGUGCAAAUUCUUGAUUGAACAAAAAGGACUAGAAUUCGUUAGACGGUAUCAAGAGACACAUACGGAUUCUGUUGACGAAUUACCGGCGGAAGCGAUUAUGUCUGGAGAUGAAGCCUUAAGAACACUUGGAGGAAAUAGAAAGCAACAUGAAGCUGAAAGUAAUACAUGCACCAUAAAUGAGAAAGAAGGUGAAAGAAAGAUUGUAUGCGAUGUUAAAGGAAGGUUAAACGAAAUGGGCUUUUUGUAUUCUUUCCACCACAUAAGAAACGCUAUUCACAGAUUGAAAUGUAAUGGUGAUCAAAUUUCGACAGAAUCAGUUAUUACACAUCUUAUUGAUAAUUCUGAAGAAUGCCCUGAACAAGUUGAAAGGAAUAAUUCAGAAGGAACAAAUAUAUUACAACAGGAACCUGUUUUUGCCAACAGCAUUCGUAGCAACAAGGAAGCUGAAAACAAAACUAGACACAAUGCAAAGUCGAGCGGAGAUAUUUCAUCUGAUAUAUCCAAUGCACUCACUGUUGCAGAUCCAGGUACAUUACAAGAAGAAAACACAAAGUUACAAAACCAACUAUUGUGCAAAAUCUGCAUGGACAGCGAUUCAAAUGUGGUGUUCAUUCCCUGUGGACAUAUGGUUUCGUGUGAAAAAUGUGCUCCACAUAUCCGGAAGUGUGCAGUUUGCAGGGUUCCUAUAAAAGGGCGCGUAAAAGCAUUCAUGACUUAACGCAAUGAGAAAAAGCCAUCAUUAUUGUUGUUCUUGCGCUUUCUUUAAAAUCAGUUAGCGUUUAGUUUAGCUUUUCAGUUUAGUUUAUACUAAUUUAUUUUAGCUCGAUUUUGAUGGCAGCUUUAAGCUUAUUUGAACCACACUCAGGUCCGCUUCCUAGAGAAAAACAGUACUGGUGUCAUAUGAGAGGGCGUAGUCGUGGACCCAGUGGGGCUCGAACCAACAACCCCUGGAUUGAGUGGCUGGCACCUUAACCAGUUAACGUUUAAAUGGCAAGAUUACUGUCGUGUCAACAUUUUUAGUUUUGUGGUCGUUCAUAAGACAAUGUCAGAUACAUUUUCUAAAAUAAAUAAGCCGGCUUAAUUUGGUGUCAGAAAGUUUAUACUACACCAGUACGCCGGGUUAAUUUGUUUAAUAAAGAAAAAAUGUCCGAUACAAUUUCUUAUGAGCGUCCACUUAAGUCUAUUAAUAGACGUAGACGUAAUGUCUUGAAAUAUCAACCUUUCUAUGUGAAAUAUUGUAGGCAUCUGCAAAAAAAACCUUAACAUAAUUUUGAAGAAUUAAAGUAGUCUUCCUUACCACAAUAUUAUGAGCAGAUGAGCUGCAAACACGUGGGUCUCAGACAGUAGAAAUAACAUACACAAACGUAAGCUGUAGCAUUGGGCUGACAAGACUGUUUUGAUAGAUCAGGGACGACACAGUCGAAAUGCAAGUGACAUUCAAAUUAAUAAAUUUUAAUGAAUACCUACUCUUACGGUUAAAUAAGCUUUCUCAAGAUACAUGAUAAAUGUAACUAUUGUUACAGUUUAUUUGUAUAUCUAUCAUACGUUGAUGAAACCAAUGUUAACUAAAGCAUCAUAUAUAAAUCCGAUUUUUUUUUAUUUAUCGGAAGAUGAAAAACUUGAUUUUGUUCUCUUUAACAAAGAUAUGACAAUUUUGAUGCCAAAAACCUGCUACAGUAUUUUUCAAGUUAGAUUAAAUAUUUUGUAUAAAUAGGUUUCAUAUUUUUAACACCGUGAUUUUUUUUAUAUGUUUAAUCAUUUUGAUAGAUGUCUAAUAUAACAUUUUGUUUUACUCUGUAGUUUGAUUUGAGAGCUUUAUCUACUGAGAAGCAGUUGCUAAUUAAUACAUUAGUUCAUCCUUGAUCUGAUCCAGCUGAUUUUUUAAAACCAUUUCUUGAUUGUAUACUGUAGUGCCCCUAUUACUUUUCAGGUUUUAAUACCUUAUCUUGGUUUUAAGACUUUUUGAAACUUCAGUUAGUGACUUCUCCUGUUUUAUUAUAUUAAUAUGAGCUGGUGUAAAAAGACAUGUGAUUGUAUAAAUUAUCUGUGGUACUAAAGUCUCCUAUAGUUCAAAAUUGCAUAUUGCAUGUAUUAUUAUAAAUACGAAUUCAACAAAAUAGGACCAGAAAAUAAAGGAAUGAGAGCACAUUUCCGCGUAUUUAUUGAACAGCCCUCGUAUCUUAUAUAUUUUUAAAGUUGUUUUUAUGUUUUAUAUAUUUAUGAAUGCUUGUAAAUGAGACUUAAACAAACAAAUAAACAUA